GCGACAUUACUUUACUGUGGAGAGCAUUAUGGAAGAGGUACAUCAAACGUGUGAAGAUUUGCUCCUCCACUGUUCCUUCAACAGAAAGGCCAAAGAUUGCAGCGAGCUGUUCAGACUGAUCAAAACUUACGAGGGACAUUGCUGUGCUUUCAACUAUGCAGCUUUGAACGAUGACACCGUCGAUGCUGCAGAUGAUGAUGAUGACAUCGAAAGGUAUGAUGAUGAAUCGGAGAAUGAGCAGAGCAGCAACAUCAUUGUCACUUCAGAGUCAGGAAGGUACAAGAGGUUCAGGCCUCGGCGUGGUGCUGAAUGUAGAGCCCAAUGACUAUGGAAACUGGUCAUUAGUACCAUUUUAUGGAGCAAAGAUCCUAGUAUGCGACCCGAACGACUACCCAGAAGUGACAGUACUAUACAAAUACGUCGGUAUCGGUGUAUCUCUGGACAUAAAAGUCCAACCAAUGAUCUUCCAGAGUGACGACGAAAUCCGACGCAUUGACGUCGAGAAGCGCGGCUGCAUCUUCCAUGACGAGGGUCUGCUUGAACAUACUGACAGAUAUUCCACGGAGACCUGUAUUACUGAGUGCAGGAUGAAAAUGUUUCUUACUAAUUGUGGUUGUAUACCGUAUAAAUAUCCUAAAGAACGAGAAACUCGCAUCUGUGAAUUCAAAGAUCUGGAAUGCUUGAACAAAUUUAGAGCAAGAGGCAUGGUACUCGACGACUGUACUCAGGUCUGCUACAUGGAGUGCCGCGACAAGCGGUACGCUAUCACAAGCGAUGUCAUGCCACUGGUCCCUGACUUCUAUCCUUACGAUAUUAUUAAAGAUCACAACUUGAGCGAAAUAACAACUCUACAAGUAUACUUCGACAAGUCAACGUGUAACUGUUACAAACAGAUGCUUCUCAUGGACCUUAGUUAUUUUAUCGCGACUUAUGGCGGCAUUUUUUCGCUGAGCUUCGGUGCGUCACUCCUCACAUGUUUUGAGAUAUUUUAUUUAUUUACCAGCUUUCUGAUGAAGUAUGUGUGGAAUACAAUUAAAGACAAAUAGUUUAAGGUUUUAGUGUGAUGUGUAUGCCUUUUUAAAUGUAUAGAAGCAAUUUUAAAAUAAGGAUAAUGCACAAAUCGAGAUCUUAUUUAUGUAAAAACAACUAUAUAAAUACGUAUCAAAUGUA